AGGAUGUGAUGGACAGGGGGCGUUGCUAGGCAGCAAGGAUGUGAUGGACAGGGGGCGUUGCUAGGCAGUGAGGAUGUGAUGGACAGGGGGCGUUGCUAGGCAGCGAGGAUGUGAUGGACAAGACGGUGGCAGCGAUUAGUGCGCAUGCGUCCUCGGGUCGCUGUGGUUACGGUGUUGGUUUUGCUGCCGUUUCUUUAACCGACUUCUCCCCUCCGAGUGGAAAGCCGCUCCGCCCCGGGGGUGCGAUUCGCAGGAAGCGGCGCUGGUCUGGUCCUGUCCGGUCCGGCAGCAGCAAUGGAGACGAGAGCGUUUAUAAACCCGUACAACGACUACGAGGGCCUGGCCUCGGCCCGGGAUCUGUUUGACUCGGCGGGCGACCUAACCAAUGAGUUCAUUCAACGGCUGCAGAGUCACAUCAGCCAAUUACUGCAACAGAUGGAAAAUGGUGUGAAAAAAGCUGGUCGAACUGACUGCACAAUCUACACUGGAUCAGCAGGGAUUGCCUUAUUGUACCUGCAUCUACAUAAUACUCAUUACGAGCAGUCCUUUCUGCAGAAAUCUCUGGAGUAUGUAACUAAGAGCUUCAAUCGUAGCUUUAAACUUGGUGAGACUUUCCUGUGUGGAGAUGCAGGUCCCCUAGCUGUAGCUGCAGUGGUGUAUCAUAAGCUGCAACGAGUUCAAGAAUCAGAGGACUACAUCAAUCAGCUCCUUCAUCUACACCAGUCUGUAGUGAAAUUGAGUUCAAAACUGCCAAACGAAUUGCUUUAUGGCCGAAUGGGAUAUCUGUACGCAUUGGUAUUUGUUAACGAACAGUUUGGCCAAGAGAGGAUUCCUGCACAGUACAUUAAGGAGAUUUGCAGUGCUGUUCUAGCUUCUGGAGAAAAACUAAGCAGUAAGAAAUCUUCCCGUAGUCCCUUGAUGUAUGAAUGGUACAACGAAUAUUAUGUUGGAGCAGCUCAUGGCUUAGCUGGAAUCUACUAUUUUUUAAUGCAGCCAAGCUUUGGGAUUGACCAAGAUGUAAUUUUGAAGUUGGUGAAACCCAGCGUGGAUUAUGUUUGUCAUCUGAAGUUUCCAUCAGGAAAUUUUCCUCCAUGUUUAGGUGAUACCGGGGAUAACCUUGUACAUUGGUGUCAUGGGUCACCAGGACUGAUUUACAUGCUAAUACAGGCUUACAAGGUUUUCAAACAAGAAAAAUAUCUUCAAGAUGCUACUCAAUGUGCUGAAGUAAUUUGGCAGAGAGGCCUAUUGAAGAAAGGAUACGGACUGUGCCAUGGGGCUGCUGGGAAUGCUUAUGCAUUUUUGGCCAUGUACAAACUUACCCAAGAUAACAAAUACUUGUAUAGAGCUUGCAAGUUUGCAGAGUGGUGCUUUGACUAUGGGAAGCAUGGAUGUCGAACACCAGACACACCUUUUUCUCUCUUUGAAGGAAUGGCAGGAACAAUUUACUUCCUUGCUGACUUGCUGCAGCCCAUGAAAACAAAGUUCCCUGCAUUUGAAGUGUAAAUGUGUGGUAUCCAUGCACACUGCUAGAGCAAGAUAGCAUGUGAAUGCAUUAAUGCACUGAACUAUAGCGAAGAAUCAAAGUGGCAACUGCAAGGAGAGUCAACGUGACGUGAAGCGGCGGGGAAGAGAAGUUCCAUUUUUUCAGCUCAUAAGUGGCUCAGUACUUAGCAGUGGAGGAGUGAGUUUCCUUCCUGCUAUGUAAUAUGCACAAAAUAUACACACAACAGAAGAAGAGCAACCGAAAAGAAGGGAAACAUGGUGUGAGAGACUUCUUAGUGCUGCCUACAUUGAAUAAUUGUCCAAUAAAAUAAAUCAAGCUAAUUAUCAAGUUGGCACAGAAAAUAUCUCAUUCAGAAUAAUGUGUGCAAUGCAGACAUGACAAUCAGUGAUUUUUAUUCAUUUAUCUAUUUUGUAAGUGCAAUGUUUAUUUGAAAAAGGGAACAAUUUUUGGUGGUUGGUACAGACUCAUGAGCAUCAUAUCACUCAACAACCAGUUGUGCAACAUAGGGUGAAACAGUAAGCAACUUGUUAGCUGCCAGUAACAAGUCUCCUGGUAAUUGAGUAAAUACCAACAUGUUGUAAAUGUAUUCAAGUAUCCUGAUGAAUCCUCAAAGGAUGAGCAAGAUUCAGUGUUGGCUCCAAUGUGGAUCUCUCUGUGUACAGUUGUCCUCUCUGUUUUAAGUCAUAAUAUAUUGAAUGUUCAGCAAGUCUGUGGUGGGUUCCUGUCCUGCAUGCAUUAAAUGAUUACACUCAC